AUGAAGUCUGGAGCCAGUGACAGAGGCACUCGGCCUGGUGAUCCUCCGAAGAACCAAGACGCCAAAGUCGGGCAAAUCCUUGCAGUAGCCACCAGAUCUGGAUAUGUCUCGGAGAUAUCAUGCACCAACUGCGAGGAUCCAAGCCACACAGACGACAACUGCACUUCCACGGAGAAGACUUGCAACUGGUGCAAGGAGGCCGGACAUUCGCGAGUAACCUGUCCCAAAGCACAAUGCUCAAACUGCUGA